AUGGUGCCGCAGUCCCUGGCGGGCCCGCAAGCCUGGCCCGCGGCCGACUGGGCGCGAGAGCUCCGUGGAACCCGCCAGGUUGGAGCAGUUCUUGGGGCGACCAGCCAGGAGGUCACGCGGGACGAGGACAUCGCCGAAGCAUUCGCUCGUUUCUGCGAAGACUUGUGCAGCGUGGGCGGCUCUUGCGACAAAGCGCGCCCAGAGGAGCAGCAUACGCCACACCUGCUCUCCAGUAUCGUUUUACAUAUGCGUAUGCAGGAGUCCAUUGAGGCUUACUUCACAGAGGAGCAGUACGGCUUUCGCAAAGGCAGAGGUUGUGACAACGCUCUACACGUUCUCCGGUUGGUCGCAGAGAAGUCGGCCGAGUGGGGGGAGGAGCUCUGGGUGGCCACGCUGGACGUUGAGAAGGCUUUCGACAGAGUUUCCCGCGACCAGCUUAUCGAGGCCUUGACCAGCACGGGGGCGGACAUCUGCAUGGUGAGCGUCUUGCGAAAACUGCACAGAAGGAUGACCGCGUACGCGAAGCUGGCCUCCAGGGAUAGGGCGAGGCUCUUCUCGGGGCGGCAGACGGACAAGAAGUCCGACGACGAGACGCAGGAGAUGCUCAAGGAGAACCGGGGGCUGCGGGAGGCCAACAGCGCCCUCGACGAGGUCCUCGAGUCAGGCAAAGGGAUAUUGGACAACCUGAUUGGCCAGAACACCGUCCUCAAGGGUGCGCGCAAGAAGCUCUUGGACGCGGCGAACGUGAUGGGCGUGUCCAACAGCCUGGUGAAGGUGAUCGACAGGAGGCAGACGGGCGACAAGUACAUCGUGUACGGAGGCAUGGCCUUCGUGCUCUUCUUGCUUUUGUCGCUGUGGUACUUGCUGCGCAUGUGA